GAGGCGACUUCUCUCGGUCACAGCCUGAAUUCAGGGCGCCGCCGGCUCCUCACAGCGAAUCCACGCCCAGACGACACAUCCCGUGACAUCCCGCUGAGGGGCAAGAGACACCUGCGGAAAGGAAAUGUCGCUGCAGUGGAACAGCAGCUCCUCUCUCAAGGUCAGACACUUCAGCAAGGACCACAACCAGUUCUCUGAACAACUACACAAGUCACUGAUGAUGAACAAAGACAGGAAUCAGGUAACUGAGAAGAUCCUGAACCUCACCCUGGAGAUCAUCUUCCUGCUGACCGGAGAGGAUUAUAUGGUUGUGAAGAAGCAGGAGGAUUGUGACUCAGUUGGCAGCGCCUAUGAAUCGCCCCGAGAGCUGCACAAGAGUCCUGACUUACAUCCGACACUAGAUGUGAUAUGUGACAGAGACAAUGGCCGGAAGGAAAGCGACAGGCUCCUGGACUCUGGCUCUCCUGCAAUUGAAAUACGGACCAAGCAAGAUUCAGGUCUUUUAAAGGAAACAAAAGUGAAAGAAAUGCAAAUAGUUAAUAUACAGAAGAUAAAUACACCACAUAAAACUCUCAAGGCCAAUUAUUCACCGGAGAAGAAUAAAAGGAAUGCACAGGAUUAUCAGACUGAUUCCAAAGAGGGGCCUUUUCUGUGUAAGGAGGAAGAGAUUCCUUUAUCCAUCAGCCAAGACUGCAUCAUUGUAAGGUCAGUGAAAUCAAGGAAUGAGCCCGAACUGAGUAUUCGAGACCUUCAGAACCACAAGGAGAAGAGAAUUCUUCCAGCUACCCAUGCAGACGGAUCCAGUGACAAGAAGGAAUCAGCAAGAAGCCACAUGAACCCUUACUCCCAUUUGGGCACAGAGGAGGUUCCCAAUAUCCCACAGGAGUAUCAGAUUGAACCUGAUGUGAUCCUACCCCAGCAGUGUAAAGAGGAGGAGCUUUCUUCUGAGUUCACAACAGUGAUUUUAGAUUUUGGUGAUUCUGACGUGAGUGAUGAUGAUCAGCAGGAAGAGGGAAUUCAACCAGACGCUUGUGUGGUAGGUGAGUCUAUUACUUCUGAGGGCCAGACUAAUGCGCAUCUAAUCUCACUAUCGGACGAAUACCAGGAGAGUUAUUUCUACCAACCCGAUGGCGACGCGCAGCAAAAUCUUGCCGAGAAGGAGCCGUAUUCGUGUUUUGAAUGCGGCAAAUGUUUCCCGUACAAAUCCGGUCUCAUCACCCACCAGCGGGUCCACACCGGGCAGAAACCCUUCUCUUGUUCCGACUGCGGGAAAUGCUUCAAAGACAAAUCGGUCCUGUUCAAGCACCAGAAGAUCCACACGGGGGAGAAACCCUACGCCUGUUCCUACUGCGGCAAAUGCUUCUUGUACAAAUCUACGCUGGUCACGCACCAGAGGACUCACACGGGGGAGAAGCCAUUCGAGUGCAUGCAGUGCGGCAAGUGUUUCGGAGACAAAUCCGUCCUACUUAGACAUAAAAAGAUCCACACAGGGGUCAAACAGUUCUCCUGCUCCGAAUGCGGGAAGCGAUUUACCAGGAACACAAGUCUCGUUACACAUCGGAAGAUCCACAGGAGAUGAGCCAAUAGCAUCGUGACAAUGGGAUCGGCCCCAACCCAAACUGCACGUUACACGUUUCAUGUAAGAGAGAAACGACUUACAGGUUCUGACUGUGGCAAUCACGGCAGAUAUUCUUGUGUUGCUAUGGUGAUGGCAAGGGCUCCAGGGUAUCCGUGGUAUAUAUUGGUAUCUUGCUAUGCAUUAUGGGGAAUGGCGUCACCGAAGCAAAAGCUUGUUUCACUUAUUUUUUUUAAGCCAUGAAAUAAUGAUCUGUCUGUUUUUAAUGGGAAUUUUGUACAUAUACAUCCUCACUUGUGGUUUUAGGGCAAACCGGUGGGCUACCGUAUUCUGCAUGUGAAGUGCCUAUGGUUCCAGUAAAUGCAUUAAGAACACAAUACACAGGAAGAACAAAGGGCCAGAUUCAAUUCAGUGAGAAAAGGGUUUAUCAUGUGAAAAGUCAUAUUUGAGAUGCAGUUCAAUUCAGAAAAACGUAUCUCACGGUUUGUCAUGUGAAAACUCAUGUUGAAGUCUAUGGGAAAAAACAGUAACUGACUUUGGAGAAACGUUUUUCUUCUCGACUUGAAUCUCGUCUAUGACUUUUCACGUGAUAAACCAUGAGAUAACUUUUUCUCACUGAUUUGAAUCUGGCCCAAAGUCUGAUAUGCUUGUUCCAUGUUGCCAUAUUGUCCUACUGUUUCCAUCUUCUAAUACACUUGCCCCGCUGCCUCCAUCUUUGCCCCGCUGCCUCCAUCUUUGCCCCGCUGCCUCUGCUUUGCCCAUUGUCUUCAUCUGGUGUAAGUUUCCAGCUCAUGCUCUUCGGCUCAGUGUUCCUAAUGCAUUCAGUAGCACUCAUUUAUAUAAACACUGGGCAAAUUUGCUCCUGGGCAGUAAACCAUGGCAACCAAUCAGGUGAUUGCUUUCAGUGCAGCUGAUCACUGAUUGGUUGCUAUGGGUUACUGCCCAGGUGCAAAUUUGCCCGGUGUUUAUAAAUGAGCCCCAGUAUGUCACAUGGUAAUGCUAGAGCAAUGAUCACAUGACUGCUAAUGGCAACCUGUAAAGUUGCCAGUGAAGGUGGAAUGUCACAUGAUCUCAUAGGGGGGAAUACACAAAAGUGUCGGUAAAAGAAGUAACCCAGAAGCUGACAAAGUUGUAAAAUGUCGUACGAACGGCAAAUUCACAAAGGUAAGUCUGACAACUUUCUAAAAUUUCGUAAAAUCUUUUCGUUGGACAGACGACAUUUUACCGAUUGUUUUCAAAAGACAAUAUUUCAUUUUGAAGAGCCUAAUGUGUCCGAGCAAUUCAUACAAAUUCAGGGAAAAGUGCUGCAUAAAAAAACCAGGCUCACUUUUAACGACACCAUUUCAGAU